AUGGCCCUCGCAGGUGCCCCCUCCCAUGCUGUGGGCUGUGUCCAGGGUACCACACUUGUGCUGCAGGCAUUCAAUGGAGCUGCCUUCAGACCAGAAGUGGUCUGCAGGGGUCUGCCCCUGCUCCUCUUCCAGGCCCAGCCCUCCAACCCUGUCAUGCUGCUUGCCAUGAUUGGGCUCCUGGCAGAGGCAGGCGUGCAGCUGCUAUCCUACCAAACCUCGGUGGUGUCCAAUGGGGAGACCUGGCAUGUUAUGGGCAUCACCUCCCUGCUGCUCAGCCUGGACACCUGGAAGCAGCAUGUGACCAAGGCCUUUCAGUUUCAUUUCUGA